AUGUCUUCUGCCGAUGAAAUAAGAGGAUGGGAUAAGGAAACUCAUCAAUUUUUACAAAAUCAAAUGACACAUAAUAAUCCUCGACUUAUAGCUCAACCUUAUGGACUUCCUGCCGGACCAGCUGGAUCAAUAGCACAGCUUUCUCCUGGAAAGCGCAAGAAAAUCAAUCUAUGGGAUGAAACUGAAAAAGACCUGGGAAAGUUUUGGAAAUCUUUGGAGAAUGCGAAAGUUAAUAAUAAUUUCCUUCAGCUAUCCGAGGGCGUCUAUUUCUUGAAAAUACAUCGUUGUUGUAUUACCGGUAAUCCCGGAAUUGACAAAACUGUUCUCGGAUUUUACCUACUUUAUUUGCUUCCACAACAAAAUAAAACUAUUGUAUACCACAAAGCUUGCCAAUAUCCAAUUCUCUUCAACAAUCAACAUACCUUCUGUAGUGGUAAUAUCUCUGACUUUAAAGGAUACUUGGACAAUACAGAUGUCUGGAGUUUGAUAAGAUGGUGGGAACAACAAUACGAUCCAUGCUGGUAUGGUCAUGAAACGAGGAUUGGGAUGUUCCAUCAUCUCGAAGAAACAAAUGUCGAGAAUUUGUUCUCACAUUGGGGAGAAAUUAAUCACGCCAUAACCGAAGAGAACGGAGAGGAUGAAGAGGCAAAACUGCUGCCACAUUGGAUUACUAAUCAUGUUAAGCAAUACGCGUUGAAAAUUGACUUGAGUUCCUGGUGA